AUGGCAUCCAGCAAGAUGGUAGCCGCCAUGCUCGUGAUAUACACAGCGGCUAUGCUCGCUGCCCAGACGGAAGGCUUCGUCCCCCUUUUCACGUACAGCGACGUCCAGAGAAUGCAGGAAAAGGAAAGGAAUAAAGGCCAAAAGAAAUCUCUGAGUGUGCAGCAGAGAUCAGAGGAAGAGGAUCCUAUGGCUCUGGUGGACUUCAAGGAGGAAGAAAAUGAAAUGAUUAAGCUGACUGCUCCUGUAGAAAUUGGAAUAAGGAUGAACUCCAGGCAGCUGGAAAAAUAUCGGGGCGUCCUGGAAGAGCUACUGACAGAGGUGUUGCUGUCCACCCAGAACGUGAACUGA